UUCUUCAAAAUGGCGGCUAUUGACCGAAUUGUUAAUGUUUGUCAGUUUGUCAAAUUUGCAUAAAUUUUUUUUUCAAUCUGUUUAAUUGUGUUUAAUUUACACUUUAUUGUUAAAUCAAAACUUUAUAGUGAAAAAUAACGAUAUAUUGAAAGAUUUCAAUUAUUAAAGUACAUCACAACAGUCCACAAUGGAUUCCAUUCCACGGACUCACGAAGACAUCGAAGCACAAAUUCGUGAAUUCCAGUCGAGAAAAAAGGAAAUUGUCAAUCAGAGAGAUCAUGAAAAUGACAUUACAAUGGGAGGCGAAAUUGACCAAGUCGGUUUGGGAACGACUGGAUUUUACGAUACAGACAUUUAUGACAAAGCCAAUAGAUUCGAUAACAUGAAAUAUUCAACAACAGUUGUUGAAGAUGAAAUGGAGGAUGAUGAUUAUGACUCGUCAACAUUCAGCAAAAAUAGACCUGGUUACACAGCUCCCGCUUCAGUACUCAAUGAUGUUUCUCGAAGCCAGAAGGAUUACGAUCCUUUUGCAGAACGACGAACAGCGAAAAUAAUUGAGAGAGAAGAUGAUUACAGACAAAAGAGACGUCUCAUGAAAAUUUCACCUGAACGAGUUGAUCCUUUUGCUGAAGGUGGGAAAACUCCUGAUGUCGGCUCCAGGACUUACACCGAAAUUAUGAGAGAACAGCAACUCAAAGGCGAAGAAACAGAGAUAAGAAGAAAAUUGGUUGAAAAGGCUCGAGAUGGCACGUUAAAAUCAAAUGGUGAAGCAAAAGCGGCACCGAAAAAACGUGGUCGAUGGGAUCAAACUGACGAUGCUCCGACUCCGAAAAAAUCAACAAGCACUGCAGCAACACCAACAUCUUGGGACAAUGCAGACGCAACCCCUGCUACUAUCAGAUGGGAUGAAACUCCAGGACAUGGAAAAGGUGGCGAAACUCCUGGUGCAACGCCUGGUGUUAGUACACGAAUGUGGGAUGCAACACCUGGACACGCGACUCCUGGUGCUGUAACUCCUGGACGAGAAACUCCCUCACAUGAAAAAUUAUCGAGUCGCAGAAAUCGUUGGGAUGAAACGCCAAAAACCGAGCGAGAGACACCGGGUCACGGUAGCGGUUGGGCCGAAACCCCAAGAACCGAUCGUGUUGCCGGUGAUUUAAUUCAAGAAACUCCAACGCCAUCGGCAAGUAAACGACGCAGUAGAUGGGAUGAAACACCAUCGAAUCAAACUCCCGGUUCAAUGACGCCACAAACACCGGCAACGCCAAUGACAACACCACAUCAAUCGUCAAUAUUGACACCAAGUGGAGUGACGCCAACUGGUCCAAAAGCAAUGGGAAUGGCAACGCCAACGCCCGGUCAUUUAAUGUCAAUGACACCCGAACAAUUGCAGGCAUAUCGUUGGGAACGUGAAAUUGAUGAGCGCAAUAAACCAUUGACUGACGAUGAACUUGAUUCAAUGUUUCCACCUGGCUAUAAAGUAUUACAAGUGCCAGCCGGUUAUAUUCCAAUACGUACACCAGCGAGAAAAUUGACGGCAACACCAACGCCAAUUGCCGGUACACCGCAAGGUUUCUUUAUGCAAACUGAAGACAGAAAUGCAAAAUAUAUGGAUAAUCAACCGAAGGGAAAUUUACCAUUUAUGAAACCUGAGGAUGCGCAAUAUUUUGAUAAAUUAUUGGUUGAUGUCGAUGAGGAGACAUUGAGUCCAGAAGAUCAAAAGGAAAGGAAAAUAAUGAAAUUGUUGUUGAAAAUUAAAAAUGGCACACCACCAAUGCGUAAAGCUGCACUUCGACAAAUUACCGAUAAGGCACGUGAAUUUGGCGCUGGUCCACUUUUUAAUCAAAUUCUACCGCUUCUUAUGUCGCCGACACUUGAGGAUCAGGAGAGACAUCUUCUUGUUAAAGUUAUUGAUAGAAUUCUCUAUAAAUUGGAUGAUUUAGUCAGGCCGUAUGUUCACAAGAUUUUAGUCGUCAUUGAACCAUUAUUGAUUGACGAGGAUUACUAUGCUCGUGUUGAAGGCAGAGAAAUAAUUUCAAAUUUAGCAAAAGCUGCUGGUUUAGCGACAAUGAUUUCCACAAUGAGACCCGAUAUUGACAAUAUUGAUGAAUAUGUGCGUAAUACAACGGCAAGAGCAUUUGCUGUUGUUGCAUCGGCAUUGGGAAUUCCAUCUUUAUUACCAUUUUUGAAAGCCGUUUGUCGCAGUAAAAAAUCAUGGCAAGCACGUCACACGGGUAUUAAAAUUGUUCAACAAAUUGCCAUUUUAAUGGGUUGUGCAAUUUUACCACAUUUAAAGAGUUUAGUGGAAAUUAUUGAACAUGGUUUAGUUGAUGAACAACAAAAAGUACGUACAAUCACGGCAUUGGCUAUUGCUGCAUUGGCAGAAGCAGCAACACCAUAUGGUAUCGAGAGUUUUGAUUCAGUUUUAAAACCACUUUGGAAAGGUAUACGAACACAUCGUGGAAAAGGUCUUGCCGCCUUUUUAAAAGCCAUUGGUUAUCUCAUUCCACUUAUGGACGCUGAAUAUGCCAAUUAUUAUACUCGUGAAGUAAUGUUGAUUCUUAUUCGAGAAUUCCAGUCGCCCGAUGAGGAAAUGAAGAAAAUUGUCCUAAAGGUAGUUAAACAGUGUUGCGGAACAGAUGGUGUGGAAGCUCAAUAUAUAAAAGAUGAAAUUCUUCCACAUUUCUUCAAGAAUUUCUGGAAUCAUAGAAUGGCACUUGAUAGAAGGAACUACAGACAGUUGGUUGACACAACAGUUGAAAUUGCCAAUAAAGUUGGUGCGCAAGAAAUUAUUAAUCGAGUUGUGGAUGAUUUGAAAGAUGAAAAUGAACAAUAUCGAAAAAUGGUUAUGGAAACAAUUGAGAAAAUUAUGGGAAAUUUAGGUGCAACGGAUGUUGACGAUCGUCUUGAGGAACAACUUAUUGAUGGUAUUUUAUACGCUUUCCAGGAACAAACUACCGAGGAUGUAGUUAUGCUUAAUGGAUUUGGUACAAUUGUGAAUACAUUGAACACAAGAGUAAAGGCGUAUCUUCCUCAAAUUUGUGGUACAAUUUUGUGGAGGUUGAAUAAUAAAUCAGCUAAAGUUCGUCAACAAGCUGCCGAUCUUAUAUCUCGAAUUGCUGUCGUCAUGAAAACAUGUGAAGAGGAAAAAUUAAUGGGACACUUGGGUGUCGUUCUCUAUGAAUAUUUAGGUGAAGAAUAUCCGGAAGUAUUAGGAAGUAUUUUGGGAGCACUUAAAGCAAUUGUCAAUGUCAUUGGCAUGACCAAAAUGACGCCACCAAUUAAAGACUUACUACCGAGAUUAACACCUAUUUUGAAAAACAGACACGAAAAGGUACAAGAAAAUUGUAUUGAUUUAGUUGGUAGGAUAGCAGAUCGAGGACCUGAAUAUGUCUCGGCAAGAGAAUGGAUGAGAAUUUGUUUCGAACUUUUGGAAUUGUUGAAGGCACAUAAAAAAGCAAUUAGACGUGCCACUGUCAAUACAUUUGGUUAUAUUGCAAAAGCCAUUGGACCACAUGAUGUUUUGGCAACAUUAUUGAAUAAUUUAAAAGUUCAAGAACGUCAAAAUCGUGUUUGUACAACGGUGGCAAUUGCCAUUGUUGCCGAAACAUGCAGUCCAUUUACAGUUUUACCUGCAUUAAUGAAUGAAUAUCGAGUACCUGAGUUAAACGUUCAAAAUGGCGUUCUCAAGUCAUUGUCAUUUUUAUUUGAAUAUAUUGGAGAAAUGGGUAAAGAUUAUAUUUACGCAGUCAGUCCAUUACUUGAAGAUGCACUCAUGGACAGAGAUUUGGUACACAGACAAACAGCAUGCGCUGCAAUUAAACACAUGGCUCUUGGUGUUUAUGGUUUUGGAUGCGAGGAUGCAUUAAUACAUUUAUUAAAUCAUGUUUGGCCAAAUGUUUUUGAAACAUCGCCACAUUUAGUUCAGGCAUUCAUGGACGCUGUCGAUGGUCUGCGAGUUGCACUUGGUCCAAUAAAAAUAUUACAAUACACACUUCAGGGUCUAUUUCAUCCAGCACGAAAAGUUCGUGAUGUUUAUUGGAAAAUUUACAAUUCUCUCUAUAUUGGAGGACAAGACGCAUUGGUCGCUGGUUAUCCGCGAAUUAUGAACGAUCCAAAGAAUCAGUAUAUUAGAUACGAAUUGGAUUACGUUUUAUAAACGAUAAAAUUUGUACAAUACCACAAUAAGUUAUUUCCCUCUUUUUUUUUUUUUUUUUUUUUUUUU